AUGGAUCUGUUAAAAGAGUCUCCUACGACAUAUAUGCAAGGAUAUUCUAAAACAUUUUUAGAUGAUUUUAUUAAAUUACUUUCUAGAAGAUGGGGCACUAAAAGAGUUUAUGCAAACCUUGUUUAUCAAGAAUAUAUUUCAGAUAGACAUCAUGUGCACAUGAAUGGUACCAUGUGGGAAACUUUAACAGAUUUUGUUAUAUACCUUGGAAAAGAGGGGAUUUGUACAGUUGAUGAAACACCCAAAGGUUGGUUUAUUAGUUGGGAGGCAAUUUUGAAAAAAGAACGAGCAGAAAAAAGUGAAGAAGAAAGGACACGAAAAUUAAUUGAAGAACAAAUCGAACGAGCACAUAAAAAGGUUAAAGUAGAUGUAGACGAAGAGAAAAACUUCACUGAGCUUAAACGUGAAAAUGAACAAGAAAAAAUUAAAUUAAAUAUUUCACUUAAACCAAAACCUGAUAUUUCGAAAUUAAAAUCAAAUCAACUUCUAAAAAUUAAGAAGAUGUAG